ACUUAUUGCAAUAACUGGUGCUCUUAAAAAUAAUACUGAUUACGUUAUUUAUAUUUUUUUUUAAAACAAUGUUCGGGGUUGAAUUUGGCGGGCUUCGAUUGGCGUGGUCUAUUCGGUAGCAUAUUCUCAAAUGAAAAAUAUUGUCUAACAAAUAUGUAACUUCAACAACGGUGAUGUUACUUCUGAGAAUUAGUUGUGGUUAACCGUUUUCCGAAUUUUGCACAUUAGUGACGUCACAUUAAAAAUGGCGAGAGGUGAUUUUGCUUCCUGUUUCAAACUUUCGACGAUUUGAACUAUCUGAUCUGCAUAAGAAAAGAGUAAUGCCAAUGGCGGAAAUUUGGCAACCUGGCCAGGAAGUGGUUGCUGUAUAUGACUUCAAGGGAACAACUAAAGAGGACCUGCCCUUCUGUAAAGGAGAUGUUCUAUCUAUUGUUAAAGGCACACGGGAUUCAAACUGGUACAAGGCUAAGAAGAAUUCUGGAGAGGAGGGCAUGAUACCGGCAACGUACGUUCAGAAGCGUAAGGAGGUCUCACUGCACGCUAUGCCCUGGCACCACGGCACUAUAUCGCGCCAGGAGGCUGAGGACCUGCUCAGCGGCAAACCGGAUGGGCUGUUUCUCAUCCGAGACAGCAUGCACUUUCAGGGGGAUUACACCCUGUCUGUGUGCUGUGACAAUAGGGUUGACCACUAUCGAAUACUGACCCGCAAUAAUCAGUUGGAAGUCGAUGGUGGCGAGUGUACAUUUGAUACUUUAAUGUCAUUGGUGGAGCAUUAUAUGAAUGAUGCGGACGGUCUGUGUACACGCUUGUUGAUGCCCCUACAAAAGCAGGGAGGCAGUUUCUUCUCAGUGUCACCUGAGGACUUUGAGUCAGGGGGCUGGACACUCAGUUUCAAUGAACUCACCAUGGGAGAACUGGUGGGAAAGGGCGAGUUUGGAGAUGUGCACAAAGGUUUAUUUAAAGGGGAGCCAGUGGCCAUAAAAAAAUUAAAGGAUGACAACCGGGCAGCGCAGGCCUUCCUGCAAGAGGCUUCUUUGAUGACGUCAGUGCGUCAUCCCAACCUGGUGUCUCUGAUAGGCAUUGUACAGGAGGAUACUAUCUAUCUCGUGCUCGAAUACAUGGGCAAAGGCAACCUAGUGGAGUACCUACGAUCGAGAGGGCGCAGUGUUAUAACAAAGAAAGAUCAAAUUAAUUUUGCAACUGAUACAUGCAAUGGUAUGUCAUACUUGGAAACGAGAAAGCUGGUGCAUCGUGAUUUAGCAGCACGUAAUGUCCUUGUGAAUGAAGAAGGCACAGCAAAAGUAUCUGAUUUUGGUCUGGCCAACCGUAUAGAUUACAACCCGGCUCAGGUGGGAGGCAAGUUCCCCAUUAAGUGGACGGCACCAGAGUCACUCAGGGACAAUAAAUUUACAAGUAAAUCAGAUAUGUGGAGUUUUGGAAUAUUGUUGUGGGAAAUAUACUCAUUUGGACGUGUUCCAUAUCCAAGAAUUCCAUUAUCUGAUGUUGUGAUGCACGUGGAGCGUGGAUACCGGAUGGAGGCGCCGGAGGGGUGCCCACCUGAGAUCUACCAGAUCAUGACAGAUGCGUGGAAGAAGGAUCCGGUCACCCGGCCAACCUUCGCUGCGGUCUUGAAGCGUCUACAAGAGCUGCAGUCCGUCACUGUGUGAUGAACAGAUUCUAGUGGUUUUUAUCAUCAUGUAUAGGGCUUUCUUAUUACAGCUUGAUUGCUUGAUGCAGUGUUUAAGUUAAACUCUUUACCACUUGGAAACACAUGUUGACACUUGUGUAGUCCCUUAGAAAAUCAAAUUAAAUUUAAUACCUUUCUAACUAAAUUCAAAUUUUAAAGUUUUCAUUUCCAACCCUAAGAUACUGAUUAGCAGCAAACAGCAUAAAACCUGAACAGAUUCAAGUCACUGAAAGGCUGUUCUGGUUUUAUUCUGGUUGCAUGUAGCCAUUUUGACCUGGCUACUCAUCAUGAAAGGGUUAAUGUUUUAUCGUGAUAAGGUGUAGGGAUGGAUUGAAAUUGUACAUAAGUCUGUUAUGACGAACGCAGCUCAAUCUGCGAUUAAUGAUUUAUCAGGAUGAAGUGUGAGACUGGAUAGAAAUGGCUGCUUCAUUAUUUGGCGGAUUUUCUCAGCAUUAUAGUUUUUCAAGUAAUGAAAGAGAGUGAAAUAUAUAGUGUUUAUGUUAUUUUAUAUUACUUUUGCUAUUUGUGAAAUAGAAAUCAUGAAGUAUUUAACCAACAUACGCAGAUAUAGCCACUGGUAUUGGCUUUAUAUUUUAGUGAAAUGUCUGCUUUUUUUAUUCCUUCGAAAAUAAUAAAUCAUUACAAGCAAUUAAAAAUUAAUGCUGACCUAUUUGAAUUAUUCAUAUUGCUCCUUUCAACAAACUUGUUUUCUCGGGUUUUCCUUCCCCCUUAUACAUGAACGUAAAUCUUUGGCCCCUCGCCUUGUUUGUUAAGGAAGGUAUAAAGCAUCAACCAUAAUUAUAUGCUGAAGAUUUCUGCCAAAAUUGGCUGCUGAUUGAAGCCUUAAGUUUUUUUAUUCCAAAUCAUACUCUAUUCUGUAAAUUUUGUUGAAAGAACACUUUGGAGUUUUCAAAUAUUGUUAUAAUUGGAAUAUUUUUGCUUAUCAAACGUUUACAAUCUGCUGAAGUGUGUCAUUUAUUUGAAUAGUUAUAACUACUGUUAUCUUGAAAUUUUUCUUUGACAUCUUAAUUAUAAUGUAAAAGUCAGAUAUUGUUGUCAGAUAUAUUAUUUCUUGCAUAACUUAAAUAAUUGACAUCUAGUGCACAUGACACUUAAAAAAGGUACAUUUAUUAAUCGAGUAGUUGUGCAAUGUGUAUUACCUUUAAAACAUUGUGGACUGUCAAGGGGUCCAAAAUGACAGUAUUUUACUCAACGCUAUGAUAUGAUGCCUUACAUUUGAGAUUAUACUUAAAUAUGGCAAAAGAAACAAAACUGGUAUAUUUUAUUUUGAUAAACAAGAUUGAUCAAUAUAAUAUUUGACUAUGUCGUUGUUUUCUAGAUCAUUGUAUCACCUGAACAGAAAAUGCUGAUGAUGACUUUUUUAUCACCCAUUAUUUAUGUGAUCAACCAUUCAUAGGUAUGCUGUCAAAUUUAAUUUAAACUUCUCCAAUUUCUCCUAAAUAGCUUAGCAGAUUUCCCUGUAACUUUAUGUUAAUGAUUCUUGAGUCAUGACUCAUUUGUCACAUACUUGGUAUGUUACAUCCUAUAGUGGUCCUCUUCAAAGAAUGUUACAAGUAUGACCCUGAAAUAAGGACUUGCCCUGGGGUUCACAUUUAAAAGAAAUACUGACCAUUAAAUAGCAAAAUGAGUCCUUUGUUUAAGGUAUGGAACAUCACAUCAUGAGUCAUGUUGGUCAACAAAGAAGGUUCAAAUUAUGCCCAUUUGUCAAAUAAGGCCAUGUCCUGGAAGUUUGAUGGUCUAUGACUUAAAUGUCUUCUCUGAACCGAAAGGCGAAGAGAUUACAUGUUGAUUUUUAUGCCCCCGGUAGGGUGGCAUAUAGCAGUUGAACAGUCCGUCUGUCUGUCCGUCCGUCCGAAAACUAUAACAUUGCCCAUAACUUUUGCAAUAUUGAAGAUAGCAACUUGAUAUUUGGCAUGCAUGUGUAUCUCAUGGAGCUGCACAUUUUGAGUGGUGAAAGGUCAAGGUCAUCCUUCAAGGUCAAAUGUCAAAUAUAUGGCUUCAAAGCGGCGCAGUAGGGGGCAUUGUUUUUCUGACAAACACAUCUCUUGUUUAAACAAUAAUGGUAAUCCAUGAAGAAUUAUUACCCCUGUGGUUUAAAUUCCAAUCCAUUAUCAGGGCCUCACUGAGUGUGCAAAGAUGCUUUUUUGCAAUUAUAAAAAAACUUAAAUACUUCUUAUAGUACAUUUAAAUUGUAGACCUUCAUGGCAAAUAAUCCUUGCUUUUGCUGAAGAAGUUCUUAGUUAUUUUUGUGUAAGAAAAUAAUAUGCAUUUAUUUAUAUAGAAAUAGACAAGUAUUUGAUCAUUGCAGAUUCCAUUUGUAAAUAGGGCUCGCAUAUCAUGCUUUUAUAUGUAGUAUAUCACUUAUUGUAUUCACCAUGUAUCACAACUUGUUUUCUUGGUUUAAUAAGCAUUAUUGUCAUACGUCCAGGUGGAGUGUAUGCACGUAUUAAACUUUCCUUGGCCAAGAUUCUUGAUAUAGCAGUAUAUAUACUUUUAGAAGACAGGACUGGGGGUCUUUUCACAAAAUUCACAAGAUUCACAAAAUUAACCAAAGUUUGUAUUUGAGUGUUACACUGAUGUUAAAAUGAACUUGUUAUACCCCCACAAAUGAAGUUUAGGGGGUAUAUAGAAGUAAGAUUGUCGGUCGGUUGGUCUGUUGGUAUUAAGUGUCCGCUCUCUAAUUCAAGUUAUUUUCAUCCGAUUUUCACCAAACUUGGUCAGAUGUUGUAUUUAGAUGAUGUCUAGGUCAAGUUCGAAUAUGGGUCAUGCCGGGUCAAAAACUAGGUCACUGGGUCACUUAGUGCGUUUUUUAACAUUCAGCAUGGUGUCCGCGCUCUAAUUCAAGUUGUUUUCAUCCGAUCUUCACCAAACUUGGUCAGAUGUUGUAUCUUAAUUAUGUCUAGGUCAAGUUCGAACAUUUGCUAUGCCGGAUCAAAAACUAGGUCAUGGGGUUACUUAGUGUGUUUUUUAACAUUCAGCAUGGUGUUCGCUCUCUAAUUCAAGUAGUUUUCAUCCGAUCUUCGCCAAACUUGGUCAGAAGUUUUAUCUAGAUGAUCUUAAGGCCAAGUUUGAACAUGGGCCAUGCCAGAUCAAAAACUAGGUCACGGGGUCACUUAGUACGUUUUACACAUUGAGCAUGGUGUCCACUCUCUAAUUCAAGUAGUUUACAUCCAAUCUUCACCACACUUGGUCAGAAGUUGUAUCUAGAUGAUAUGUAGGUCAAGUUCGAACAUGGGUUAUGCCGGGUCAAAAACUAGGUCAGGGGGUCACUUAGUGCGUUUUAAACAUUGAGCAUGGUGUCUGGUGUUUUUGUGAAGAUAACAUGCAAAAUUUUCUGUGUCAAUGCGGCAUGUGGGGGUAUUCGUCACAUCUGUGACAAAGCUCUAGUUUAAAUAGUUGUUGUUUGGAAUGGGUAAACUCAUAUGCAUCUUUUCAAAAUAAGCAGACCAUGUUCAUGUACUUCAAUUUUUAAGUAUUGAAAAAAAGAAUGCCUUAUAUUGCUCUAUUUUCAUGAUGUUAAUAUUGUUACCAAGAAAAUAAAGAUUUUCUCUUAUAGCAUUAUUGUUGCUGAAAUAGUUGUUACUUGUUAGCAAAGGUUUAUAAUCAGUGUUUGUAGAUAUGUGUUAUGCAUGAUUAGUUAUUAAGACGGUUUAUGCAAGUAUGUCUUCAUACAAUGCGUGUUGUUUUAAAGCCACUUUUGUCAGCCUCUGAAUACCAUGUUCUGUCCAUCAUUACAAGAACAGUAAUCUGAAUUUAAUUUCAGAAAGAGUAAGUUUAAUGUUGACAAAAUAAUUGUUUAAUCGGUGUUUAUUUGAAAGCAAAUGAACUACGAUUGUAGAUUCCAGGUUCAUUUAUCACCUUAUUCAAGAUCUUUUACAAUCACAACAUGGCUUGUGUGUAUUAAUACCCCCACAAACGAAGUAAAGGGUGUAAUUAGGAGUGAACCUGUCUGUCGGUCGGUAGGUCUGUCGGUCUGUCGGUUGGUCCGUAUUAAGUGUCCGCUCUCUAAUUCAAGUAGUUUUCAUCCGAUCUUCACCAAACUUGGUCAGAAGUUGUAUCUAGAUGAUGUCUAGGCCAAGUUCGAACAUGGGCCUUGCUGUGUCAAAAACUUGGUCACGGGGUCACUUAGUGCGUUUUAAACAUUCAGCAUGUUGUCCCCUCUCUAAUUCAAGUAGUUUUUAUCCGAUCUUCACCAAACUUGGUCAGAAGUUGUAUCUAGAUGAUGUCUAGGCCAAGUUCGAACAUGGGCCUUGCCGGGUCAAAAACUAGGUCACGGGGUCACUAAGUGCGUUUUAAACAUUCAGCAUGUUGUCCGCUCUCUAAUUCAAGUAGUUUUCAUCCGAUCUUCACCAAACUUGGUCAGAUGUUUUAUCUAGAUGAUCUGAAGGCCAAGUUCGAACAUGGGCCAUGCCAGAUAAAAAACUAGGUACGUUUUACACAUUGAGCAUGGUGUCCGCUCUCUAUUUCAAGUAGUUUAAAUCCGAUCUUCACCACACUUAGUCAGAAGUUUUAACUAGAUGAUGUGUAGGUCAAGUUGGCACAUGGGCCAUGCCAGGUCAAAAACUAGGUCACAGGGUCACUUAGUGUGUUUUAAACCUCACCAUGUUGUCCAAUCUAUAAUUCAAGUAGUUUUAAUCCAAUCUUCACCAAAAUUGGUCAGAAGUUGUAUCUUGAUAAUGUCAACGGCAAGUUUGAAUAUGGGUCAUGCCGGGUCAAAACAAGGUCAGGGGGUCACUUAGUGCGUUUUAAACAUCACAAUGUUGUCCGCUCUCUAAUUCAAGUAGUUUUCAUCCAAUCUUCACCAAACUUAAUCAGAAGUUGUAUCUAGAUGGUGUCUAGGUCAAGUUUGAAUGUGGGUCAUGCCGGGUCAAAAACUAGGUCAUGGGGUAUCUUAGUGCUUUUAAAACCUCACCAUGUUGUCCACUCUCUAAUUCAAGUAGUUUUCAUCAAAUCCUCACCAAACUUGGUCACAAGUUUUAUCUAAAUGAUCUUGAUAAUGUCAAGGGCAAGUUUGAAUAUGGGUCAUGCCGGGUCAAAACAAGGUCACAGGGUCACUUAGUGUGUUUUAAACCUCACCAUGUUGUCCAAUCUAUAAUUCAAGUAGUUUUUAUCCAAUCUUCACCAAAAUUGGUCAGAAGUUGUAUCUUGAUAAUGUCAAGGGCAAGUUUGAAUAUGGGUCAUGCCGGGUCAAAACAAGGUCAGGGGGUCACUUAGUGCGUUUUAAACAUCACAAUGUUGUCCGCUCUCUAAUUCAAGUAGUUUACAUCCGAUCUUCACCAAACUUGGUCAGAAGUUUUAUCGAGAUGAUCUUAAGGCCAAGUUAGAACAUGGGCCUUUCUGGGUCAAAAACUAGGUCAAGGGGUCACUUAGUGCGUUUUAAAAAUUGAGCAUGGUGUCCACUGUUUUUUGUGAAGACGACAUGCAAAAUAUUAUGUGUCAAUGCGGCAUGUGGGGGGAUUUGUCACGUUUGUGACAAAGCUCUUGUUAACCUGUAGAAGUACAAACUGUAAUAGGAGGUGAACGUUUGUCCAAAUUUGUUAUACCGGUAUUAUUUUAUGAUUAACUCAUAAAACUUUAUAAGGGCAGUAAACACUUUAACAUUUAUGGUACAUGUAGUUGCUAUGUAAAAUAUUAUUUUUGAGGAUACUUGUCCUCUUCCUGUAUUAAAACAUAGAUUAGAAAAAUCAUUUACACAUGACACACUCUUUGUUACUUUUUAUUAUGCUGCCAUUAGGGUGGCAUAUAGCAGUUGAACUGUCAGUCCGUCUGUCUGUCUGUGUGUCCGUCCGAAAACUUUAAAAUUGGCCAUAACUUGUGCAAUAUUGAAGAUAGCAACUUGAUAUUUGGCGUGCAUGUGUAUCUCAUGAAGCUGCACAUUUUGAGUGGUAAAAGGUCAAGGUCAUCCUUCAAGGGAAAUAACAAGCUUUAAAGCAAGAUAAUUUCUAUUGUUUAUCAUUUGGCAGGUACAGAUUAAUUUCACAAGGGAAGUAAUAUUUUUUUAAAGGAUAUAAUAAAAACAAAUGUUAAGGUCAAUGUCAUCCUUCAAGGUCAAAAAUCAAAAAAUACAAUCCAAUGGUAGUAAUAAGCUAUAAAAGGGAGAUAAUUUCUUAACCUGCCAAAUGAUAUACUGAAAUUUUAUUUGAAAGGGGCGCAAUAGGGGGCAUUGUGUUUCUGACGAACACAUCUCUUGUUUUAAACAAGGAUUUUGUUAUCCAAGUAUGAAUUCAUUUAGUUGUGUUUUACAUUUGGCAUUAAUUGAAUAUUUUUUUAUAAAACCAUCAAUGAUUUCUUAAAUAUUAUUCAUUGAUUUUGUGGUGAACAUUAGAGAAAUGACCAGACCACAUUUCACUAUUUGAGUGGUGAAGUCCACUUUUCCACAUUAAGGAUCAUUAAGAUCUGCGUAAAACAAGAAGAAAACAUCCUUGAUAUUUAAUAAAACCAAUACAGAUUAUGUUCAAUUAAUACAGUAAGUAUUGGUACUUGCUGGCAUAGGUCCGACGCACUGUCCAUCAUAUCAUUAGUAAGAGUCUUUGAAAGUCAUAUAUCACUUUGCAGUAUUCAGAUAAUCUUAACAGUUGUAAAAUUAUUCAUUUAAAAUGUUUUAAAUACUGUGUUGAUGAUAGUUUUACUGUUGAAAUCAUUUAAACUUGUUAAGAAAACAAUAUAUGUUUGUAUGGAAAGUUUGAACCUCGCAAUAAUUUUUCGAACAAGAUUUCAGACACUAACCCAUUGCAUCUCAUUUCAUUUUACAAGUAUAACUUUUGCUUAGCCCAUUCUUUUCCAAAAAUACAUUAUUAUGUUUUGUUUUUUUCAUUAUUUAUAUAGGUGUUUGUCCUAGUUUAUAGCCACUGACAAUAAUAUUAUUUUUUUCAGAUCAAAUGUUUGUUUACUCAUUCUCAAUUAUGCGUUUUUAUAACCUUUUGUAUUUUAACAGCUAUGUUCAUCAUGUUUGUUACGAAAUAUCCCUGCUUCUAUUGCAUAUAGUGGCUGAGAGUUAAGUGCCAUAGUAGGCAACUCAGACCCAGCAUAUAUCCAGCUGUUAUGUUAAUAUAUGGAGUUACCAUGAUUCUGCGAAAUUAACCGUAUUACUAUAAUAAAUUGAUUUAUUUCUAA